AUGAAGUCGAAAGAUGUAGUCUUGUGUAUUUUUGUGAUUUUCAUUGCUUAUGUGACAAGUGAAAUUGUCGUGAUCGAUGAUGGACCAAUUGAAGGAACAGUCAUGACAUCUCGUCUUGGAAGAAGUUUUCAUGCUUUUCUUCGAAUUCCAUAUGCAAGCCCACCAGUAGGUGAAUUGAGGUUUGAAGCACCGCAACCGCUAAUUCCUUGGGCUCCAAAUGUCUAUAAUGGAACAUUCUACGGUCAAAUGUGCAUUCAACCCAAUGGACGACCUGACCUUGGCGUUAGUGAAGAUUGUCUUCAUUUAAAUGUAUUCACAAACGACUUGACAGCUUCCAAACCCGUCAUUGUUUAUAUUCAUGGUGGUUCCUUUGAAAUUGGAUCUGGAACUGAUCAAGGUGGACCGAAUUAUCUCAUGGAUCGAGAGGUUGUCGUUGUCAACUUCAACUAUCGUCUUGGAGCUUUGGGAUUUUUAGCUCUCGAAACAAAAGAAAUUUCAGGAAAUGCAGGAUUAAAAGAUCAAGUGAUGGUUUUGCAAUGGAUUAAAAAGAACAUUGCAAAGUUUGGUGGUGACCCAGAUAAUGUCACAGUUUCUGGUAUGUCAGCGGGUGCUGUAACAGCAACAGCUAACAUGGUGUCGCCAAUGGCGCGUGAUUUGUUUCAUAGAGUAAUUGCAAUCAGUGGUUCUGUGACUAUUCAACCUCCAUUAGAAACGAAUAACAUCGAAAUUGUAAGAAAACUAGCAAUCACUUUAAACUGCAGUGACACGGAAAACAUUCAAGAAAUCAUAAAAUGUUUAAAAGCGAUUGAAAAUCCACUUGACAUUGUUAGUCAAGACUUGAGACCAUUUUCAGAGUGCACUAUCAUUACAUGGUUGAUGGUUAUUGAACCUGAUCUUGGUCAAGAACGUUAUUUAAAUGACGAUCCCAUAAAGUUGUUUAGCAAUGGAAAUUACUCGAAAGUUCCUGUGAUAAUUGGAAGAACAAACGAUGAAUUUGUUGAUGCUGUUGCUAGAAUAGUUGAAAGUCCGACAGCAUUGAAUGUGUUAAAUGAAAACUUUUAUGAAUUCGCUCCUGCAUGUUUUGGUUAUGAAGCAAACAGUGAAAAGUCGAGACGAUUUAGUGACGCUUUGUCAAAAUAUUAUCUUCCAUUUAGUCCGAUUGAUGUUCGAUCGUUUGGUGGAUUAAAUCAGAUGAUAAGUGAUGGUUACAUUGGAUGGAGUGUUCACAGAUUAGUUCAUUUAAUUUCGGAUCAAGUCGAUGUUUAUUAUUACAAAUUCUCUUAUGUCGGGCGUUACAGUGUGUUUAGAUAUCCACGAAAUCAGCCAUAUGGAAUUCAUCAUUCGGAUGACAUUCAAUAUCCAUUCAGUGUCGAUUACUUCGGGCCUUAUUUCACAGAAGAUGAUCCCGAAAGCUUCAUGGUCGAUCGAAUGUCCAAAAUCUAUGAAAGCUUCGCAACGACUGGAAAUCCUAAUUAUAAUGAAAAUGAGAUUCAUUGGCCGAAACAUAAUUCCAGUCAUGAGUUUUACAUGGACAUUGGACUUCAUUUAAUUGAAAAGAAUGGAUUAUUCCUUGAACGUUAUGCUAUCUGGGAUGAAGUUGAAGCUUCAUCUAACACCAUGAUGCUAUCUAGUCUCAUUCUUAUUCUUGCAAGUUUCAUUACUCUACUGGGCUUGUAAUGAAGUGAGUAAUUCAAUUACGAGCUCAUUCAAACAGUUAAGAAUUUGUCAUUAGAAUAAUUAUUUUCUCCUUCACUGUUGCAAUUCUACUCAGUUUUUAAUUCAUUAACGUAACUUACAUUUUUUUUAAAUGCUUUCCAUCAACAGGUUCAUCCU